AUGUCAAAUUCAAUAGAUAAAGAUUCUAUAUGUUCGUCAUCAUCAAUAAUAAUUCAUGAUAAUUACAAAAAGAAAUCUUCGUUAUUAUCUUGUUGUCGUUCUUCUUCUCGAAAAUAUUUCAAUGCUCAAUUAUUACUUAGAACAGUAGACAAUACGAAUUUAAAUAAACAAAAAGGUUUUCUCCAACGAAUACAAAUUUUUAAAGCUCACAAACGAAAACCGCCGGUUCGUAAACAACAAGAAGCAACUUCAUACGAUUCAACAAUUUCCAAUAAUCAACUUGUAAUUGAAACCGAAAGAUCAACUAAUGAUAAUGAUGAACAAGAUUCAAACAUGCUCCAGUCGGCAGCAGUUGAACUUCACGAUUCAUUAUCUCUAAAGUAUCCUCGUCAUCCUAUACAUAACUCUCAAUCGAUACCAUACAUUAGUCAAUAUGAUGUUUAUCAUAAUUUAAAUAAUCCUAUUGACUCAUAUUCAUUUACUGAUAUUGAAAUAAUAUCAACAAAUAAUGAAGAAAAUAGUGAAGAAAAAUAUAUUAAUUCAAGUAAAACAUCAAAACGUUUUGUUUCCAAUAAUUUAUCAUUAACAACAACAGAUCUUUCUAAAUAUUCUACUCAAAGUUUACUACAAAAACUUUUGAAUAAAGCUCAAAUUCUCGAUGAAUAUUACAAUGAUAUUGUUAAUAAAACUAAGACUCAACCGUCACACUCCCUAUCAUCAUCAAUUAAUUCCUUAUUAGGACGAUCAGGUGGUACGUCACGUCCAUUUAUUUAUCGUAUUCAAUCGACUGAUAGUUUUAAAAGAAUACCGCGAAGAAAAUUUCGUCAUUUAUAUGAUACAAAAUCUAUGGAUAGCUCAAGAGUAGAUUUAUAUGCCGAUGAAGAUAAUGUUUUACGUGAAUUAAUACGAUUUAAUAAUGAUAUUGAUCUUAUUUUAUCACGUCUUGAAAUGGAAGGUGAGGAUUUACAGCAGCCAUCAACUAAUCAUUCAGUAUUGGAUGAAAAUAUUAUUCAACAAGCAAUCAUCAAUCCAACUGAUGAUUCUAUCGUUGAUGUUAACCUAAAAAUCAAUGAUCAAGAAGCAGUUGAUCAAAAAGGUUUAAUUGAAAUAUUAACAAUGCGUACUGAUAAUAACGAAAUAAAUAUUCAUUUACUUUUAUCAAAUGAUAUUGAUCGUUUACGUGAAACAGCAUUAUCGAAAUUACGAAAAAUGGCACAAGAAAAUUGUAAUUCAAACGAUGUAUAUAACUAUGAAACAAUAACUCUUGCAAAAAUAAACAAACUUCCAAAAUCAACAACAUGGAAAGGCAAACGUGUAUUUGGUGUUCCAUUACGUGUUUAUCAGCAAACAACGGGACAUGUUCUUCCAAUAUCGAUAGUGAAUGCAUUACAAUAUCUCCGUAUAAAUGCUGGUAAAUGCGAUGGACUAUUUCGUAAACCGGGCGUAAAAUCUAAAAUUGACCAUUUACGUUCACAAAUCGAAUUAAAGAACGAUUCUUACAGCGAAUCGCAUGUAGAAACAAUUAAAUUUGAUGACUAUCAACCAUUUGUUGUUGCUGAUGUUAUACGACAAUAUUUUCGAGAACUACCAGAAUGUAUUAUACCACCAUCAAUAACAAGUCUUUUAUGUGAUUUACUUAAAUGUAUAACACAAGAAGAACAAUUAUUAGCCUUGCGACUUACUUUUUUAAUGUUACCGGAUGAGAGUCGUGAAGUACUAGAAACAAUUCUUCGAUUUCUACUUGAUAUUUCAAUACGAUCGGGAAAUAACCAAAUUACUUGUCGAAAUUUGGCACGAAUUUUUCUUCCGUCUGUCUUUCAAUCUUUUUAUGAUAUGCAUAAUAAAUCAUCAAAAAUUCUUUGGUGGAAAUUGAGAAAAGAGAAACUCGAUACUAUUCAACAAGAAAAUGAACGACUAAUAUUAGAACAUUGUCUUAUGAUCAUGAUACUCAAUGUCGAUUUACUUUGCCGAAUUCCGAGUACGCUUACUGAAGAGCUCAAAUUACCGUCGCCCAGAAGAACAAAACGACUGGAUGAACUCGUCACUCAUACAUGCAAUGGCGAAUUUCAUUUGAGAAAAUAUAUUUCUAAAAACAGCGAAGAAUUUCUUCAACGCUUGUCAUUGACAAAAUUUAAGAAUGUUCAAACAAAUGUUGAGGAUGUUGAUGUAUUCAUGCAUAAACCAACCGUAACAUCAACAUCAGAUAUAGAUAAAAACAAUUUACCAAUAUGGAAAUGUUCAGUUGAUAUACCAAAUGUAAAUGUCAAGCAGGUUUAUCAGAGAGUAUUACAUGAAUGUUAUCUAUGGGAUAAUCAUGUUGCUGAAAGUCGAACAGUAGAAAAGAUCGAUGACGAUAAGGAAAUAGUGCAAUAUGUAGUGAAUUUUCUCGAUUAUAUUCCUGUUCGUUCAUUUUGUGAAUUUCGUUUUUCAAAAAAAGUUACAUUACGUUCGGCACCUGAUGCUAAUGCAAUCAUUGUUGGUGCUCUAUCAAUCGAUCAUCUGCAAAAUCAUUUUCUACCGGGGGGUAUUGGCAUUAAUUAUCAUAAACAUUAUUAUAUAAAGCCAUCCAAUGUGCAUCCAAAUCAUACGACAGUGACUCAAAUUACUUGCGUAGAUUUCGGUGGCCGAUCAACGCAAUGGUAUGAAAAUGUGCAUGGCUCAUUAUUAGCGCAUAAUCUUAUAUCAUUACGAGAUUCAUUUAUUAAUGCAAGAGUCGUUCGCAUUUGA